UUAUCCUGGAGGGACGAAACACGACAGAAAAGUAAGGCUGACGGGGCACCUAUAUGCUUCAGCAAAUAGACGAACCGUUCUUCUCAAAGGUGCCACAAUCACAAGACAACGGUUCGGGUGGUGGUAGUCUUACUGUUCGUAUUAGAAAAUACUGUUUGCUGGAUCAUAGUCAACUUCUCUUGCACCGCUCUCUCGAGUCAUCGACAUAGAUACCAUGACCAAGAACUCAAUGGCACGUACCAAUAAGCCAAAGAAGGAGGCCAAGGGCACUGUGCGUGACGAAGCUGGCGGGGAAAUUGUUGAUAGCUUUACAACGAACGACGUUGUUCUCGGGAAGGGCAACGGGAUCAAUUGUUUACCGGGCAACGUUCGGUUCCGAAAGGUUAUUGACAAAUUUAAAAGGCUCUAUCACGAAGCGAAGCGUAGUCAAAAGUACACCGUCGCGGAUCGCGUGCUGGACGAACUGAAUCAGCUUUCACCGCCCGCUCGGUUUCUCGAAUACCAAGAAGACGAAAGGUUCUUACCAGUCUCACGCAGGCGAGCCCGAGAAAAGACCUGUCAGGCCUUGCGCGAGAAGAAGGGCGUUGCCAAGCAUUCCCGAAACGCCAUGCACCACCUUUACACGAAGAGUUCGCUUUAUGCGCUCAUGAAACCAGCCAUGGCUUCAGAACCCGCAACUGAAGUGAAGCAAAAGGAUACAGCAGCCAAGGAUCUGGGCGAGUAUGGUAUCGCCAAAGCGCCGGCCAAAAAGUCCCGCGCAUCGUCUUCGUUCGACCCCGUUGUCGUCCUCGAUCUUACCAAGCCUGACCCCUCCAAGACGAAUGCCGAGGCCACUUCCCCGUCUCUCGGAAAAACUCUCGGGACACAGCCUUCUUUCAUCGCCAAGCCGAAUGCUUUCACCUGUGACGGCAUCGUAAAAUCUAUAGGAGUCAAUGAUGUCCUCUACGGUGGUCGUGGUCGAACGCACUUUUUCCGUGAUGCCAACCAGCGUUACCAAACCCUUAUCAAGGAGUCGUGCGAGUCCUACCGGAAGUCUUUGUCCAAGCAGAGGAUCGGGCUAGCCAUCAUUGAACAAUGGGCACGUCAGGAGCCUACCGGUCGCUUUCUUCAACAGAAUGAUGCGGGAAUAUGGCAAAUCAUGCCAGAGGCAAGGGUCCUGGACAAGACCUGUCAAGCUCUAAGGGACUGCAAGCGCACCCUGGUCACCAAGUUGGCCCCGGCGGCUGCAAGCGUCUCGGAUGAUUCGGUGGAGAGCUCGAAAAACAACGCACCAGAAGCCAAGACCGUAAACGGGGAUGACGACGGCUAUGGUGCGGCUUUGCGGCAUUCGAAUCGGGGUGAUGUCGAGACUGCGGCUAUCCUCACCAUGCUCUGCGGUGGGCAAUCAUGA